AUGUCGCCUAAAGAACCCCAGAGCGCCGUGCCCGCCCACAGCAAGGGCUCGUGGACUAGUUUCCUCAAGUCCAUCGCCUCUUUCAACGGAGAUCUCUCGUCCCUGACAGCCCCUCCCUUCAUCUUGUCUUCGACCUCCCUCACUGAGUACUCCGCCUACUGGGCUGAACACCCCGACGUGUUCGUGGCCCCCGCCAAGGAGUCGGAUCCGGAGAAGCGGGCCCUCCUUGUCCUCAAAUGGUUCCUGACUACUCUGCACCAGCAGUACUGCAGCCGUAGUGAGAAGCUUGGUAGCGAGAAGAAGCCUCUGAACCCCUUCCUUGGUGAGCUGUUCAUUGGUAAGUGGCAGGGUAAUGCCGAGACUGGCGAGACACAGUUGGUCAGUGAGCAGGUCAGCCACCACCCCCCUGCUACAGCGUAUGCGAUCUCGAACGAGAAGAAUGGCGUCGAGCUCCAAGGAUACAAUGCUCAGAAGGCAUCCUUCUCCAGCACCAUCCAGGUGAAGCAGAUCGGACACGCUCUUUACACCCUUACUCUCCCCGGUGGUGAGAAGGAGCGAUACCUGAUCACCCUCCCCAACCUGCACAUCGAGUCCUUGAUCUACGGCACUCCCUUCGUGGAGCUCGAGAAGACCGCCAAAAUCGCCAGCAGCAGCGGUUACGUCUCCAAGAUCGAUUUCUCCGGCAAGGGCUGGUUGAGCGGAAAGAAGAACACUUUCACCGCAAGCCUGUACAAGGCCAGUGAGGGCGAGAAGAAGCCCCUGUAUACCAUCGACGGCCAAUGGUCAAACACCUUCACCAUUAAGAAGGCCGGUACCAAGGAUGUCGUCGAUACCUGGGUUGUGGAGGAGAACAAGACUACUCCGUUGACUUUGGCCCCGAUCGAAAAUCAGGAUCUGUACGAGUCUCGUCGUGCCUGGAAGGAGGUUGCUGAGAACAUCCAGAAGAACGACAUGGAUGCUGUCUCCGCCCACAAGUCACGUAUUGAGCAUGCCCAGCGUGAAAUGCGCCGGGUAGAGAAAGCCGAGGACCGGGAAUGGGAGCGUCGCUUCUUCAACCGUGUUGAAGUCAAGGAUGACGAUGCUACCGUUCAGGAGCUUGCUCGGUUGCUGGAACUCACUGCGGAUCUGGAUGGUGACAAGACUGGUGGAAUCUGGCGCUUUGAUGCUUCCCGUGCUGCUGGUGCUCAGCCUCCCUACCACAAGGUUGGUCCUGAGGGCCUUGGCCUUGAUGCGUAG